UUGAACACAGCUGUUGCAUAAACUCGCUACAUGGCAGCUGUAAAUUUCAUUGAAUAUCAGUGGAGUUAUAAUUUAGAGCUGAAACGUAGCUUUCUUUCUGUUCUUUUGCAGGGUUAGCAUUCAUUGUGGCUUCUCAAAUAACGCAGGCGGCUGAAAGUAAUGCCAGAAGAGACCAAUAUUACUGCAAAACCUGUCGUCUCAAUGCCUUACAACUUGAGGUCCAAAUUGCCCGUGAAAGUGGCCAAUCCUUCAUAUCAGGAAGAAUGUGCAGUUCCAAAGGUCCAGACCAAGUCAGAGGAGAAUGUUUCCUUACCAGGAAAACCUGUCACCUCAUAUGGCCUGAGGUCCAGGGUGCCUUUGGGAAAUGCAGCAAACAAACUGAACAACAACGCCAAAGGAAUUAAAACAAAUAAACAGACCGGUGUUCACGUCAAACCAGCCCAACGUAAGCAGAGUGCUACUGAAAGAGUCCGUGUUGUUAUUUCAAAGGAAGACAAGGAGAACACUGGGGCUGGCAACUGUGACCUGGCCAAGCCCAUUCUAGCUGCCCCUGAGGAGCCUCAGAGCCAUGAGGCCACUCGGAACGAGGGGCUCAAUGUGCCACAGGCCUUCUCACAUGCCCUGCUCAACAUCCCAGAUGUGGACUCUGCAGACGCAGGCGACUCCUCGCUGUGCAGUGACUAUGUGAAAGACAUUUAUGCUCAUCUAAGGAACCUGGAGGUUGCCAUGGCUAUCAAACCAUGUUAUCUGCAGGGGUGUGAUGUGACAGGGAGCAUGCGGAGUAUUCUAGUUGACUGGCUGGUACAGGUCCAGAGUCAGUUCAGACUGCACCAGGAGACCCUCUACAUGACUGUUGGGAUCAUUGACCGCUUUCUCCAGGACAAUCCAGUGCCAAAGAAGUCUCUGCAAUUGGUUGGUGUCACUGCGAUGCUCAUCGCUUCCAAGUACGAGGAAAUCUCUCCUCCCGUGGUGGAGGACUUUGCCCAUACAACAGACUUCACAUACUCCUGUGCUGAGAUACGCUUGAUGGAAAUGACCAUUCUGAAAGCCUUGAACUAUGAACUGGGACGACCACCCCCAGUUCACUUUCUAAGGAGAGCUGCCAAGGUUGGGAAGCUUCAGCCUGUUGGUUAUGGGCUGGCUAAAUACCUGCUGGAGCUGACCCUCCUGGACUAUGCCUCAGUUCACUAUCCACCAUCCCUCACCGCUGCUGCAGCUGUUGCUUUAUCAUUCAGGAUCUUUCAAGAUUCUGCUGGUUAUGAAUGGACCCCAGCCCUGCAGCACUACACGGGCUACACAGAGCUCUCUCUGCUACCUGUGAUGCAAUGCAUUGCCAAGAUGCUGGAGCGCUUGAGUGAUGGCAGCAUGAAACAGUUGUCAAUCAAGCAGAAGUAUGAAAACCUCAAACUACUCAGGGUCAGCUGUCUCCCAGAGCUGACAUCUACCAGGGCUUACGCCUACAUUAACAAACUAUCCAACUCUCACUGUUGACACAAAUGAUUUACCCCAUGUUUUUAGCACUUUUUAAACCAUUUUUUAAUAAAUCUAUAGUUUUCAAUA